GCAGCAAUAAAGCAUUCAUAACUUCAUCAAUUGCCAAUUGCUGUACUCUUCCUCUCUCUCCCUCUAUCUCUGUCUCUCUUUUUCUGUGAAGUUGAGCUCACAUCAAAAACAUCAUUUUUUUUCCCUUGUUUUUCCUUAUGAUUGGUGUAGUUGACUUUACAAAGCAGAUAUACAGUGUUGUACAUGCAAGGGAGAAGGAUUGAAAAUCUUAUAUAUAUAUGUAUGGCUCUUUUGUGGGUCCUACUGCCUUGGAGGAGAUUCUUCACCUUAUAGCCUGAAUGGUAGUAGACCCCAGAAGGCAAACUGGAAAGAGCAGACACAAAAACUGAAGAUAAAAGCUCCUUGAGAGAUAUAGCUUUUUCUUGUGGCUGGGUUUUUAAGGACCAAAUCCACCUCUCCCUCUUCACCAAAUCUUUGUUGGUGAUAUGUUGCUGCUCCUGACUCAGAUAUAGAUUAUCUGAGCCAUGGUGGACAUGCCCAAUUGAGAUAUUCCAGGAAUAUUCACAAAUUCCAAAAGAAUAUUUGUUGACGAUGUUUCUGCAACUCAGACAGAUUGGGUUUUUGAAGACCGGCGAAAGGAAUCCUCCCUGGAAGUUUCUCUUUUUGUUUUUCAUCUUUACACUUCUUCUGUGUUUUGGGUCAUGAAAGUGUGUGCGUCUCGUAUGAAAUAGUGUCGCUUUAAUUGGAAUUUUCAGAGAAUUCGGUAUGGAAGAUGGUUCUUUUACUCCUAAUUCAGUAUUUGGAGGCCCCUCAGACAGCGCCAUGGAUCUGAAUUUUAUGGAUGAGCUCUUAUUUGAAGGAUGCUGGUUGGAGACCACUGAUGGAUUCAAUUUUUUGCAACCAGGUGCCUCCACUUCCAGUGCUUUGAAUGACUCAUCACACUAUUCACUUACCUUUGAGAAUCCAAACACACCUCAGAAAAGCUAUGGAGAUGAUGGCCAAAGAUCAAGCUUACCUGAAAAUCCACCCCCAUUUUAUCCCCAAGCGGAAGGACUUGUUGGAACUCAGUCUGACAACUGGAAAACCUUUGAAGCUGCAACAGCUUCAGGCCAAUCUGAAAGUUUUCUGGUUGAAAGAACUGAACUGAACAGAAAAUUGUGGAUUGGACCAAGUGCAAAUCCAGGUGCUGUUUCCUCGGUGAAGAACAGAUUGAUUCUGGCAAUUAGAAACUUGAGAGAAUUUACUAAAGAGAGGGAUGUCCUUAUUCAGAUAUGGGUCCCUAUAAAGAGAGGUGGCAAAAAUGUUCUUACAACAAAUGACCAACCAUUCUCCCUUGAUCCUGACUGCCAGAGUCUGGCAAAUUAUAGAAAUGUUUCUGAGAAUUAUCACUUCCCUGCUGAGGAGGAUUCAAAGGAGCAGGUUGGGUUGCCUGGCCGUGUUUUCUUAGGGAAGGUGCCUGAAUGGACCCCUGAUGUCCGUUUCUUUAAGAGUGAAGAGUACCCACGUAUCAAUUAUGCCCAACGAUACAAUGUUCGGGGAUCACUUGCACUUCCUGUUUUUGAACGAGGCAGUGGGGUUUGCUUGGGUGUCAUUGAGAUUGUGACAACUGCUCAAAAGAUCAAUUAUCGUCCUGAACUUGAAAAUGUCUGCAAAGCUCUCGAGGCUGUUGAUCUUCGGAGUUCUGAAGUUUUAAUCCCACCUGUCAAGGCUUGCAAUGAACUGUAUCAAGCUGCAUUGCCUGAGAUUCUAAAGGUUUUGACACAUGUCUGUCGGACACAUAGAUUACCUUUAGCUCAAACUUGGGCCCCAUGUAUCCAACAAGGUAAAGGUGGCUGCCGGCAUUCUGAUAAGAACUAUGCUUUGUUUUUAUCUACAGUUGAUCAUGCCUACUAUGUGACUGAUCCAAAAUUUAAGGGCUUUAAUGAGGCAUGCUUCGAUCACCACCUGUUUAGAGGACAGGGUGUUGUUGGCAGAGCAUUAACAACAAAUCAACCCUGUUUUGAAAGCGACAUAACUGCCUUUAGCAAGACAGAAUAUCCUCUUUCUCACCAUGCUAGGAUGUUUGGGUUGCGUGCCGCUGUAGCAAUCCGCCUAAAGAGCAUCUAUAAUGGAUCAGCUGAUUUUAUCUUGGAGUUUUUCUUACCAACAGAUUGCCAAGAAACUGAAGAACAAAAGCAGGUGCUGAAUUCAUUAUCCAUUGUUAUACAACAGACUUGUCAAAUUUUCCGUGUUGUAACAGAGAAGGAUCUAGAGAAAGAAUCCAUAUUGCCAGUUGGUGAAAUUUUAUUUGCUUCAGAUGAGAGAGUUAAACAAGAAGGAUCUGUGAAAUUGUUGUCACCUCCUAUAAAAGAACCCUCUAGAGAAGAGUCAUCCUGGAUUGCCCAUAUGAUGGAAGCCCAAAAGAAAGGUAAAGGUGUCUCUGUCUCGUUGGAGUAUCAAAAGGAAGAGCCAGAAGAAGAGUUUAAAGUGACAACUAAUUGGGAUAACACUGAGGUGGAGUUACACCAUGGGCAGGUAUUCUCAGAGUUUGGGCAACCUCAGCAAAAUUCAGGAGCCAAAGGUAGCGUUGAAGGUGGUGGAGAUUCUUCUUUUGGUGGGCAACACUCAUCAGGUAGCAGAAAAGCUCGAGAGAAGAGACGUACCAAGACAGAAAAGACUAUCAGCUUGCAAGUUCUCAGCCAAUACUUUGCUGGGAGCCUAAAAGAUGCUGCUAAGAGUAUUGGCGUGUGCCCCACUACCCUGAAAAGGAUAUGCAGGCAACAUGGGAUCACCCGUUGGCCUUCCCGGAAGAUCAAGAAAGUUGGCCACUCAUUAAGGAAACUCCAGCUUGUGAUAGACUCAGUCCAAGGUACCCAGGGUGCUAUUCAAAUUGGGUCCUUCUAUACAAACUUCCCAGAAUUGAGCUCUCCAAAUGUACCUGGGACUGUCCCAUUUUCCUCAUCCAAGAUGACUGACGACUCAAAGCAGUUAAACCCUCAAUCUGAGGGGUUAUUUAGCCCUGGAGUCACUACUUCAAAAUCUCCCUCCUCUUCAUGCAGUCAAAGCUCCAGUUCAAGUUUCUGUUGUUCGACUGGAGCAAAGCAGCAAUCUACCACAGUCAAUGCCUCAGUCAGUGGAGAUGUUUUAAUGGCAGAAGACCCUGUUUUGCUAAAGAGAACACGUAGUGAUGCAGAGUUGCAUGUCUCUAAUCCAGAUGAGCCAAAGCUUUUGGUAAGAUCUCAAAGCCAUAAAUCCUUUGGUGAGCAUCCUUGCGUUGAGACUUUACCUCCCCUGCCAAAGAGUAACAGCCGGGCCUUGCGCGAUGGGGGUGGAUUUAGAAUCAAAGCCACUUUUGGUGAAGAGAAAGUCCGGUUCAGCCUGCAGCUGAAUUGGAGUUUCAAAGAUCUACAACAAGAGAUAGCGAGGCGAUUUAGUAUAGACAACAUGAAUAGCAUUGAUCUCAAGUAUUUGGAUGAUGAUUGUGAAUGGGUUCUCUUGACAUGCGAUGCUGAUCUUGAGGAGUGUAUAGACGUAUACAGAUCAUGCCAGAGCCGCACAAUUAAACUUUCUCUCCACCAUUCUUCUCGUCUGAAACUGAAAAGUUCAGCUUUUAGCAGCGGUCCAUCCUAACACCAUCACCAGUUUCUAUUUGGUUGGUGUUUGCAGUCAAAAUACUAGUAGUAAUCUAGGGAUAUUUGGACGUUAUACAGCCAGCUGCUUGUGUGAGUGUUGGGAAGAUUCUGCUGAUGCAUUGAACAUUGGAAUCUGUUCAUUUUCAUGAUAGCACAACAGCUGCUGGAUCUUCUUCGUCAACCCAGAGGCAUCAAUUAAGGAGCUGAAGAUAUGAAUCUCAGAGAGUAUUGGGACAAGAAUAAGCAAUUUGGCUGCCAAACAUGUCGUGUAAUUACAUCAAUUACAGCAUUGAUGUUCAUUGGCAAAACUAAUAUUAUACAAACAUCCAUUUGGUACUUUUCAGUAUGAGAGGGGGUUAAAAGAGUAUGGAGCUCUUCCCUCAAAUCUGCUUGCUUUGCCAUUAACAUGUGUCUUCUGAUAAGGGAUUUUACACUUCAAAGUUAAUGCUCUUUUUAAAAUUUGCUCAAGAGGCUCUCAAUGUAAUCUUCAGUUUGUGAUGGUGUAUUAACAAUGCCUCUUCUGUAUGUUUGAUGCCUUUCAGGAUAAGAUGUAUUAACUGGCUGCAUUUGUGUGGAUUUGUUGCCUUGUCAAAACAAUGAAUCCUGAGUUCCGACCGUUUUGUA